GAGCGGCAGAAAAAAGCCAAGUUGCCCGAGAGCAGCGACGGCUCCAAGGACUCAGACAGCUCUGCCGGGCGCCGGGGCAGUGCCAGCCGGAAGCACGGGCGAUGGCGGGGACGGCCAGACAGCCCUGCAGUGCAGGUGUCCAAGGUGGUGAGAGCCGUCACGGCGAGACACAAACUGGGACGGAGGCUGCCAGCUGCACCGGACUCUUCCAGCUGGAGGAACCUAACAGAGCUGCGUGGGGAGGCCCAGCUGGCUGUCUUCCAGCAGGGCGACACAGGCAGCGUGGAGGGGGCUCCCCAGCCCACCGAGAACAGUUUCACCCCCAAGUGCGAAAUCACGGGCAAAGACGCCCUCUCAGCGCUGGCCCGGGCCAGCAGCAAGCAGUGCCAACAGGAGAUUGCCAACGUGGUGUGUCUGCACCGGGCCAGCCCUCUCCCUCCCCGUGCAGGCAAGGUCAGCCCCGUCAUCCAGUGGGACGAGAGCCAGCUGCAGCAGGCACCCCCCAGCAAGCCCGUGCGCAUCGCCUACAUGCUGGUGGUGCACGGCAGGGCCAUUCGCCAGCUGAAGCGGCUCAUCAAGGCUGUGUACCACCAGCAGCACUUCUUCUACAUCCAUGUCGACAAGCGCUCCAACUACCUCCAUCGUGAGGCGGUGGAGCUGGCCCAGCACUACCCCAACAUCCGCGUGACACCCUGGCGCAUGGUGACCAUCUGGGGAGGUGCCAGCCUGCUGAAGAUGUACCUGCGUAGCAUGAAGGACCUGCUGGAGCUGGCCGAGUGGCCCUGGGACUUUUUCAUCAACCUGAGCGCCACCGACUACCCCACGAGGACCAAUGAGGAGCUGGUGAUGUUCCUGUCCAAAUACAGAGAUAAGAACUUCCUGAAGUCUCAUGGCCGAGACAAUGCCAGGUUUAUCAAGAAGCAGGGCCUGGACCGCCUAUUCCACGAGUGUGACUCUCACAUGUGGCGGCUGGGCGAGCGCCACAUUCCCGAGGGCAUCGUGGUGGACGGGGGCUCCGACUGGUUCUCACUGACGCGCAGCUUCGUGGAGUACGUGGUCUACACCGACGACCAGCUGGUGACCCAGCUGCGCCAGUUCUACACCUACACGCUCCUGCCAGCCGAGUCCUUCUUCCACACAGUCCUGGAGAACAGUCACGCCUGCGAGACACUGGUCGAUAACAACCUCCGAGUGACCAACUGGAACCGGAAGCUGGGCUGUAAGUGCCAAUAUAAACACAUAGUCGACUGGUGCGGGUGCUCCCCAAAUGACUUCAAACCCCAGGACUUCCUCCGGCUACAGCAACUCUCCAGACCCACCUUCUUCGCCCGCAAGUUUGAGUCAACGGUGAAUCAGGAGGUGCUGGAGAUCCUGGACACACACCUCUACGGCAGCUACCCCCCCAACACUCCGGCCCUGAAGGCGUACUGGGAGAACGUCUACGACCGCGUCGAUGGGCUCAGUGGCCUCAGCGAUGUCACCCUCACCUUCUACACAGCCUUCUCCAGGCUGGGGCUCCGCAAAGCCGCGGCCGCACCGGCAGCAAAGGCAGACAAGCCCUGCAGGUUCGAGCCCCAGGGUUUCCCAUCCAGUGUGCACCUGUAUUUCUAUGAUGACCGUUUCCAGGGUUACCUGGUGAUGCAGGAAGUGCAGAAUUUGGAAACUGGGCAGGCAGAGUCCCUGGAGGUGUGGAUGAUGCCCCAAGGAGCUCUGAAGCUGGCAGGUCACGGAGGACCGGCAAACCGCUUACAAAACCUUGAGGUGGGCACAGAGUGGGACCCCAAGGAAAGGCUCUUCCGCAAUUUUGGAGGCUUGAUGGGACCUUUCGAUGAGCCGGUGGCCAUGCAGAAGUGGUCGCGGGGCCCCAACCUGACGGCCACGGUGGUGUGGAUCGACCCCACCUACGUCAUUGCUGCCUCCUACGACAUCACGGUGGACGCGGAGGCAGAGUUCACCCAGUACAAGCCCCCCCUCAAUCAUCCCCUGCGCCCUGGUGUCUGGACCAUCCGCCUCCUCCAGUUUUGGGAGCCACUGGGAGAGAACCAGUUCCUGGUGGUUCCCCAGACCUUCAACGGCAAGCAGCCUCUCAGGAAAGAUGACACCAACUGGCUGCACGGCGGUCCCCCCCCC